AUGAUGAUGAUAAUGUGCCGUGUGAUGUGUGUGUUGGCCGUUGUGCUGUGCUGCACCUGCGGGUAUACCAUGGCGGCUGCUGCUGCUGUUGAUAAUGACAGUCCCAGUGGCCGUGGUGUAUCCCGUGGGGCUGUGGAGGUGUCGUGCGGGGCCGGCGGUGCGCUGCGUGUACGCCCCGCUGCUGAGAGCGAGUGGCUCACAUGCGAUGCGGGCAGCCGUGUGUCUGCAUGUGGGAAGUACGCAGACCUCUGCAGCCAGCGUAACGCAAGAGCAGCGACAACAACAACUACUACUACUAAUGGACAACCAAAGGCGGUGAUGGCGUUUUUGGGAAGUUAUGACUCUGCUCUUCUUCAAGUUGAGUGGGACAGGAAUCAAGAGAAGAAGAAGCAGAAGGAGAAGCUGGAGAUGGAAACGGUUUCAACGUCCCUUCAGGAUCCUCAUCAACUACAAACAGAGACGCAUCAGUUGGAAGGAACCGAUGGAGACUUGAGGAACCAAAGUGAUGAACAAGCUUCUGAGCUCAAGAAGGGGAUGACUGAGGAGAACGCACUGGCUCCGCCGCAGGAAAUGCCUGACCCCUUACCUUUGUCUACUGUAGUUAUAGAAGAGAGACCUUCUGAUAAGGCUAUAGAACAAACACCUACAGAUGCUGCCGCCUUAAAACGCACACAACAAAAUGAACCUCACGCACAAACAGCUGGACGUACGAAUACAACUGCGGACUCAUCUGAAAACCAUAAUUCCAGCCAAAGCAGCCUACAAUCUCAGUCUGAAAAUAACGGAGAAAAUAGUCCACGCAAUGAUGAUAAUUCCAGUAACCAUCCUCCUAUGGAGGCGGCUGCGACUACAACACAACAACAAAAUGAAGAAUAUAAUUCAGCCACAGGUACUACUGUCACAAACACCCUACACGGUACCAAUACAACUACUCCGCCGAGCAAUGAGAACACUACCACAGAAGCACCAACCACCACUCCAUCUCCUGUUCCUGCACCCAACACAGAGAUCAGCAGCAUUGCCCCCAUUGUACAGCAGAAGACUAAUGUUGACAGCAGUGUCAGUCCUGUGUGGAUGCGCACUGCAGCACCGCUGCUGAUUGUGGCUGUGUUGUUCUCCGUUACCAUGUACUAA